UAAUCACCAUGCUGUACUCCAGAAAUUGAGAGUCAGUCUCUCUUGAGAGCAGCCCAUACUGGACACCACCACCUGAUUGAACUUAAAUGCAGAAACUUCAUCAGUGGCAGAUUAAUGCUGACUUAGCCACAUGCACAAAGUGACAGGUUUUUCUUAUGACUUCAAACUUCACCUGGAAGGGCUGCUGUUUGUAGGAGAGCGCUUGUGCGUCAGUCUGCUAUUGACAGAGCAGUGUGAAGCAUGUGGUUGCCAGUGGUCACCUUGGGGUUUGACCUCUCCCCUCCCUGCAUGCCGAUCGCAUAGAGAGAAGAACGCAAGUGUCUGUGUGAGCGAGGGAAUGACUCUGAACACAUCUGGGUCGUGGGAGGUGCCCCAGCUCAACUCCUCCUCACGAUGUAACCACAAUAUUACGGGCUGGGAGGAGCAGAUGGAUAAGAUGUACACCUACUUCUACCUGCUGCUCUUCAUCCCUGGCCUGCUGCUCAAUACCACUGCCCUCUGGGUCCUCUGCAGGCAUAUUAGUAAGAAGACCAAGACAGUGAUCUUCAUGAUAAACCUGGCAUUAGCUGACUUGGCUCACAUCCUCUCUCUGCCCCUCCGGAUCUAUUAUUACUUCACACACACCUGGCCUUUUGGAAGAGGCCUCUGCUUGCUAUGCUUCUACCUCAAAUAUCUCAACAUGUACGCUGCCAUAGUGUUCCUGGUGUGUAUCAGCAUGCAGAGGUAUGUCUUCCUGCUCGACCCGUUCUCUGCUCGCCGGUGGAGGCGGCGCUAUGACCUGCUGAUCAGUGUUAUAGUGUGGGUGGUGGUGGGUCUGGCCUGCUCGCCAUUCAUCCUGAUGCGGAGCACCAGUAGCGCCACCAAUGCCGGCAACAGUACACUGACAGCCUGUAACACGUCUUAUCCUCUGGAUGCCACUUCUACCCAACAACCCUUAGGUUACACCAAGCUUUAUGCACCACCUUUGAGUACAAGCCCCAGCAGAGUCAUGUCAGUCUGUGGUACCAACAAGAUGGUGUGUUUUAAAGACUUGCCCAUGCGGCGUCUUCCUCUGUCUCUGGCCGUCACCAUGAUGGCUCUAGCUGAGCUGUUUGGUUUCUUCAUUCCUUUGGCCUGCAUCAGUUACAGCUCCAUCCGCAUCGCCCAGUCCCUCAAGCAGAAACAGAUCCAGGAUCAGCAAAACUCAGCGGCUCUCAACUCCUCAGCACGCAGCCGACUCCAGUCAGUCACCUCCACCUAUCAGACGGAUAAAUGUCACGAGAAACAGACCAACAGUGAGAAGCAGCGCGCCCUGCGGAUGGUGCUGAGCUGCUCGGCCCUCUUCUUGUUCUGCUUUGCCCCCUAUCACCUCAACUUCUUGUUCUACCUGAUGGUGUCGCAGGACAUAGUGACCCACUGUCCUACCAGGCUGGCCGUGCGUCAGUUCCACCCUGUGUCUCUGUGCAUGGCGAGCCUGAGCUGCUGCCUCAACCCUCUGCUUUAUUAUUUUCUAACAGCUGAGUUCAGGUUGCACCUCACCAGGCGCACCUCCUCCUUCUCCUCCUCAUUGCUCUCCUCCCCCAUCAGCUCCCCGACCCAGCGUCUCGCACCUCAGAGACUGAUGAGUAUGGAGAGUAACUGUUCGGACAGGGAGUAACAUUGUUCAGCAGCGUUCCCUCAAUAACAUCAUUCCCUCAGGGAAUGAAAGAGCUAAACAGAUACGUCUCCUCAACUCAUUCUGUUGGACUGACAAGAUCCAAGCUGGACAACAAGAUGAUUUAAUACUAAAGACCUUUGACUUAAGUGUCAAGAACCUUUGAUUUGAAAUCAGCGUAUCUAUGUU